UAUGCAACAGCUCUAAACAUGGCGGACAGAAAGACUUGUUUUCGACUGAUGGCACUGGGACUACUUUUUGCUACCAGUAUGGCCAUUCUGAUCAGCAUCAAGAUAGAACGUUCGCACCAGGUUUCAUUUCGCAAAGCUCGGAUAACAUCGAUAUCCACCGUUUCUCCACAGUACAGGACCAAGUUCCCGACCAACUCACCACCGAUGGCAACAACGAAAGCCUGGAAAACGUACAUAAAUGAAUCUGAAGUCCAACUUAUGCGAAAGUGGGUUAUGAAGCAUUUCAACCCCGACAAAGACCUUGCCUUGGACAAGUUUCAUGCCUGGCCUGGACAGCGAAUCAAAUACGCUUUAAAGGCUAAGCGAAUCAAGCGACCGUACCAAAACAUCACCCAACAGUUUUACCGUCUGUUGCCCAAGUCGUCGCCUCUUCUAGGAAAGCACUUCAAGUCCUGUGCUGUAGUGGGGAAUUCUGGGAUUCUCCUGGGCAGCCGCUGUGGUCCUCAGAUCGACUCUGCAGACUUCGUGUUCAGAUGUAACCUUCCUGCUAUUGAGGGGUUCGAGAAAGACGUGGGGACAAAAUCUAACUUCACCACCAUGAAUCCCUCUGUUCUUCCACACGAUUACGAAGGAUACGCCACAAACAGAAGCGUACAAGAGCGGCUACUGAAGCGAUUUCGCGCCGUCGGCAACCAGAUUCUGCACAUCCCUGCUCUUGUAUCGGUGCACGGACGUCCACAAGCGGACUUCGCUGUGGGGAUGAUCCGCAAAAAUCACCUGCCGAUAAAAAUUACGAUCCAACCAAGUGAAACUACUGACAAGAUAGAUGCGCUUUGGGAGGAUUCAGAAUUCAAGCCGAAACGAGCGUCGACAGGAAGUAUUCUGUUCGCGCUGGCCGCCUGUGUUUGCGACCAGAUCCACAUGUACGGAUUCUACCCUUUUGCAGAGGACGACAAGGGGCGAAAGAUAAUGUACCACUACUAUGGUUCAGGGAGAAAAAUGCGUGCAAGCCACAAUAUGUCUGAAGAGCAGCGGAUGUAUCAAAAGCUCCACCAGCGGAAAGCUUUGGUACUGCACACGGAGCCUUGUCGGUGACGUUGUGGGCUUUUAUCUCUGGAUCAAAACUUCCGACCC